GAAGGGUUGCUUGCGGCGCAGUGUCUUGACCCGCUUGUGACGUCUUUAGUUAAACUGCUAGCUGAUCCAGAUCUAUCUUCCCGAGCUGGAUCCGUUUUCUUCUUCUCAGCUACAGCUACUGAUAGAGAUUAUACUCUCACUUUUCUCUCUCUUCUUCUCUAUUCAGACGACGACUAUUCAGGUUCACAAUGAGGUUGUACCUGCUCCCCGUAUCCACGCGGCGAACGCUUCUCUACGCCAACAAACUCAAUGCCGCCUCCCACGACGGCAGCCUCAUCGACCGCGGCGCCGCCUUCGCCGCGCGCAAGUGGGCGCAGUGGGAGAAGAUGGAGCGCGGAUGGCAACGCAAAGUCGUCGACUACGGCAACCAUGCCUUCCGGCGCAUUCCCUUUGAGGAGUGGGGGCUCAAGUCGGUGCCGCCGCUGUCGGCACGGCGCCGUGAGGACGAGCUGCGGGGCCGCGAUGCCGUCCAGCUGGUGUUCCCGCCGGCUGCGAUUCCGGAGCACAAGGCCGAGGGGGUGGUGCGGAGGCUGGCGACGGAGAGGCAGGCGCUGCAUCGGCAGAGGCUGAUAUGGUGCUUUGUGGGCAUGCCUAUCACAGCGCCUUUAGGCUUGGUACCUCUAGUCCCCAACCUCCCCUUCUUCUACCUCGUCUACCGCGCCUGGUCUCACUGGCGAGCAAUCAACGGCGGCAAACACGUCCAAUGGCUCCUCCAGAACAACCUCCUCCACCUCGCCCCCUCCAAAGAGCUCGACCAGCUAUACACAAAGGACGGCCAGGCCCCCGCCGACGAGCCCGCCGGCAAGGAGCAGAUGCUCAUCACCCAGAAGCAGAUCCAGGACUUUUCCGAAACCCUCGACCUGCCCGCCGUCGAGAUUGAGCUCGAGAGGGCUAUAUGGCAGGUCGAGCGCGCGCUGGGCAAGGAGCAAGAGCAGACGGAAAAGGCACCCGAAGAAAAAGACAAGCAAGCGCCCGAGGAAAAAGACAAGCAAUCAUGAAAAAGAAAAGAAAUGGCGAGAGAGAGAAAUUUGUUAAUGUUGAUAUGAGCCAAUGAAAUCAAAAAUCAAUGGGCGGGCGGGCUUUGAUGAAAAUAACACUGGGAUAUUUUUGGUUUUAUACCUACCGGGGGAGGGGGGACGGACUAUAUACACGGGAUUUGAAUAGACUGGCGGCAGGGAGGGCGUGGUUUAUAUAAAAUGUAACGCAUCGUUUAUUUUAGGGGGUUACAGCUGGACAUGAGACAGUUACAGCGUCAUCUUACACACCCUACUUUAUAUCAUAUAUUUGCGAGAGGACUCUCCAGGUCUUUGAGCUUUAUUCCCCUCUAGUUAUUAGACUUGCAAAUUGUAUUCCACUAGGUGUUUUCAAGAUUCAGAAGCAGAU